GCCUAGAAGGGGGAGCGAUGGAGAAAUACGAGCGGAUCCGGGUGGUGGGGAGAGGGGCCUUCGGCAUCGUGCACCUGUGUCUGCGCAAGGCCGACCAGAAGCUGGUCAUCCUGAAGCAGAUCCCUGUGGAGCAGAUGAGCAAGGAUGAGCGGCUGGCGGCGCAGAACGAGUGCCAGGUCCUCAAGCUGCUCAGCCACCCCAACGUCAUCGAGUACUAUGAGAACUUCCUGGAGGACAAGGCUCUCAUGAUUGCUAUGGAGUAUGCUCCAGGAGGCACGCUGGCAGAGUUUAUUCAUAAACGCUGCAACUCCUUGCUGGAUGAGGACACCAUCCUACACUUCUUCGUGCAGAUCCUCCUGGCUCUUCACCACGUGCACACCAAGCAGAUCCUGCACCGUGACCUGAAGACUCAGAACAUCCUCUUGGACAAGCAUCGCAUGAUUGUCAAGAUUGGAGACUUUGGCAUUUCCAAAAUCUUGAGCAGCAAGAGUAAAGCCUACACGGUUGUGGGAACUCCGUGCUACAUCUCCCCAGAGCUCUGUGAAGGGAAGCCUUACAACCAGAAGAGUGAUAUCUGGGCUUUGGGCUGUGUGCUCUAUGAACUUACCAGCCUCAAGAGGGCUUUUGAAGCUGCGAAUCUUCCUGCCUUAGUAUUGAAGAUCAUGAGCGGGACGUUUGCCCCAAUAUCAGAUAGAUACAGCCCUGACCUGCGCCAGCUCAUCCUUAGUAUGCUGAACCUGGAUCCUUCCAAGCGGCCUCAGCUGAAUGAGAUUAUGGCCCAGUCCAUCUGCAUUCGCCCCCUUCUGAACCUCUACACCGAUGUAGGAAGUGUUAAAAUGAGAAGGCCUGAAAAGCCCUUGGCUCCAGUGCAAACAGUGACACACAGCCGGACGGGGGGACGAGUGAGCAGUGCCAGGCCCAGGGGUGUUCGAGGUGGCUCAGCCAGGACAGGCAUCCCUCCUCCCCUGUCGUCCAUCUACACGUGGGGCAGUGGGAUCACCACCCCGCUCCGUCUGCCCAUGCUGAACACCGAAGUGGUGCAGGUGUCUGCUGGCAGGACACAGAAGGCUGGGGUCACCAAAUCGGGGAGGCUCAUCAUGUGGGAGGCUCCCCCGAUGGGUGCUGCAGGAGGCCCUUCUCUGCCAGGAGCCACUGAGCAGCUGCAGCCUCAGUUUGUGUCCCGCUUUCUGGAGGGCCAGUCUGGUGUGACCAUCAAACAUGUGUCCUGCGGGGAUCUCUUCACUGCCUGCCUCACAGACAGGGGGAUCAUCAUGACUUUUGGCAGUGGCAGUAACGGCUGUUUAGGGCACGGAAACUUCACGGAUGUCAGCCAGCCCAAGAUUGUGGAGGCCCUGCUGGGCUACGAGAUGGUGCAGGUGGCCUGUGGUGCAUCUCACGUCCUGGCAGUUUCCAAUGAACGGGAGGUGUUUGCCUGGGGCAGAGGGGAUAAUGGUCGGCUUGGGCUGGGUACCCUGGAGUGCCAUAACUCCCCCCAGCAGGUAGCAGUCCCAGCAGAGCAUGAGGCACAGAGGGUGAUCUGCGGCAUCGAUUCCUCCAUGGUCCUCACAGUGAAGAACCAGAUUCUUGCUUGUGGGAGCAACAGGUGUAACAAGCUGGGCCUAGAUCGGAUCAGCUCAGCAGAGGAACCUUCCCCAGAGGAGCAGGUAGAGGAGGCCACCGUGUUCACGUGUGCCCAGUCAGCCCCCUUGAACCAAGAGCCAGUUGUGUGUGCUGAUAUCGGCACAGCACACUCAGCUGCAGUCACAGCUUCUGGCCACUGUUACACCUUUGGGAGCAACCAACACGGGCAGCUGGGCACCAACUCCUGCCGCAACAGUCGUGUGCCCCACCUGGUUGUGGGGCUCCAGGCCAUGAAGGUUGCUGUGGUAGCUUGUGGGGAUGCCUUCACUGUGGCUAUUGGAGCAGAUGGUGAGGUGUGCACCUGGGGGAAAGGAGCCAGGGGACGUUUGGGCAGGAAGGAUGAGGAGACAGGAACGCCACGGCCUGUGCAGCUGGAGGAGACACAUCCAUACGUGGUGACCUCUGUAGCCUGCUGCCAUGGGAACACGCUGCUGGCUGUAAAGCGGCUGUGACACUGCCUCUUCCACUGCCCUGGGGGAGCAGAGAGGCAGGCUCACACGCUACCAGACGAUGGGGGGUGGCCAGACUGCAGCUGGUGGGGAGCUGAGAUGCUGACUGUCCAGCGAGUAGCCAAAAAGAGCAGCUCUCUAAUUGCUGCUGCUGAAAUAGAAGCUGAGAUUUGAGGCGUCAUUUUGGCUGCUGGCUCUCCGUUGUGGUUUGGAAAAGAUAGCCAUGGUUUUGUGGUUCCUCUCUGCUCGGGCCAAAAGUAGCAUCCUUGCGUGGUUAAAACGUGCCCAUGGCGUGACCUGCCCUUCCGUUGCCUGGGUGUGAGAUGGGAGCCUGGCCCAGACUGCUGGAGGGGGGCCUUUCUUCCUCCUCUGUUGGUCUGAUUAUGGCCUCUGCACUGGGCUGUGGGAUUCCAGUCCCAGCCCACUUCAAGGAGGUUAAUUACGCCCUGCAGGGGAGGAGGCCCGGCUGACUGCCCCAGCACAGUGAAAUCGGCCCUGCUGAGCCCUCACGUGAUGUGAGCUGCCACGGAGGGGACAGGGAAAGGCAGAGUCUUGGGGCAGGGUGUUUGUUGUGGGAAUAAAAGUGUUUUGUUCUUGCAGGAAGGCUGCGGGCUGCAGUCCCCUUCUGCUGCUGGAGUGGCUCCGCAGCUGGGCUGUGAGCUCCCACCUGCAGCCCUGCAGAAGCAGAGCUCCAAGUUCUCAUAUUGGGCUUCCACACAGCUCAGUCUGCCUGGAAACCUCUCCAGAGAGAGCAUGAGCUGGUGGCUGGUGACACGUUUGGUCUUACUGCCACUUUGAGCACCGACCAGGAGCUGGCAGGGAGUGCUGGCACUGGGAGCUGAGCUCCACCUUUGGGGCUGCAGGGCACUUUCCUCCCGUGCAGCCAAGCACUGUUUGUGAGUGGCUUGGACUGGUGCCCUCUUUAUCGUGGGGCCACUGCUGCACCUUUUUCUCAACCCCACUGCAAACACAGGCCUGGAAUAGUUGGGAGAAGCUGGAGAGGAGAAGGACGGUGCAAAACCCCGAGAUAUUUUAAUCCCUCCUGCUUGUGCUCUGUGGUGGUGUUUGGUUGUUUUUUGAUGCUGCCACAGGGGCAACAGGACAGAGAUUGC